AUGCCAGCUUCAAAGGGACCGUACAACCUCCCGCCCGGCGAGCGUGGCGUCGACAACCUCUCCUACAACCCCCAGGCGGACGCCCGCCCCGACAACGCUGCGUUCGACGAGAGCACCAACCCCGAGCUGCACCCCGUCGGUGCUCGCGGUGCGAACAACCAGGCCACCUUCCGUGAUUACGGGAAGGAGGACUUCGAGACCGAGCGGUCGGAGGCAACCGGCCGCAUCCCCAAAGGCGAAGUGAACGACCUGCUGGGCUCCGCGACGGGUGACGAGCGCAAUGCCAGCGGUUACACGCGAGGCAAGAAAGUCGAUGCCUUCCGUCAGGAAAGAGACCUCGACAGGGCGUUCGACGAGACCGGCAUCUCGAAUGCUGGCCAGGACAUCGAGGUUGGCUCGGCUACGGGGCGCUGAGUGCGCAUAUAGCCAGACGACGACGGAGAGGAAGCUGAGGAGAAGCUAUUCAGCAUAAGGAUUGUACAUUAAAGUCGGACCUGUGGUUACUGUUGUAGUAUUGUCGCAAUUUGCCCUUGGAGUUCUGUAUUGAAUCGAACCACCACGCGACUCAUGUGAGGCGAGAACGUCGUUCCCUCCCAAAGAUCGCACCCUUGCAACGUCGAAAGACCAAUCUGAACGAUCAUAACGCUGUUCCACCCCAGCCCA